GCAGCAUGUUCGCCUUGUUGGCUGGCAUCCCGGACUACUGCUCAUCGACAGGUUGCCUUGUUGGACAAGUUCCACUGGGUGGGUCAGAAAAGAGAGGGCAAAAGCAGCAGCUUGUCUCAAAUCCUAUCCCUCCGGUCCCAAAGCAGAUCUUGGCUAGCGACAGGACCAGGGCUGGAGCCAAUGGCAUGCCUGGGGGAUGCCCAGUUUUCGAGUUAUCGGCAUAUUGCAUUCCUAGCGAUACAGGAGCACUCCAUUGACGGAGCUUUGUCGCUCAAAGUUGUGUAGUAUAUUCUUGGGGAUAGAAGGGCAUAUUGAAGAUCGGAUUUUUCGGUUUGAAAUAUUUGUCAUACCGACGUUUGCAUCCUCGUAUUCAAAUUC